UUUUCUUAUAUGUUAUAUUUAAAACUUUUAAAACGACUUUAAAUUACAAAAAGUAAAAUUUCCUUAAGCAUACGACUAAAAGUAUUAAAAUAACAUGUAUUAGUUCGAUGUUUGAUAUGAAACCUUUCAAAACCAGAAGGAAGAUAAAUGUCAAAAUAAUUCAACUCUGGAAACAAUAUUAUUCACUUUUUUCAAAAGUGUGUUCGGUGAAAAAAACAAGAUUUUGUAUCAUAAUUUGUUUAAUGUCUAACCCGAGCAACCCAUGAUAUAUUAAGUAAUUAAUUAUCUUUAACAAAAAAAAUAUUAAUUAUAGUUUAGUUUCACAAUUUUUAAUAAAAAUUGAUCCGGUCUAUCGGAAAGAAAUUAUAUAAUAAUAACAAAAAAACAUUGUAUAUGUAUAAAAUAAAAUGAACAAAUAUAUAAAAAAAUAUCGAUAAUAUAUACAAAUAAACUCACAUGCACAAGGCGCAAAUCUUAUCCUAGUAAAAUAAACUAUUUGAAGAUCUAGAAAAUAUCUACGAUACAAAAUAAGCUUAAAAAGAAGCAAUGUGACAUUAUCCAUAAUGCAAUAUUACCAUUUCAUAUAUAAAAUAUUAGAUCAAGAAACUUGAAAAUUAGAAUAAGGAAAUAUACAACAUAAGAAAAUAAUAAUAUUAAAUUUUUACAUUUAGUUUUACAGACAAAGUUAAAUAAGUAAACUGGCCAAUUAAAAUAAGAGAAUAUACAAAAUAAGAAAUGGUAAUAUUAUAUUUUUAUUAUUUCCAAAUAUCAAAAACAUAGCUAUAAAACCCUUCUCCCAACAUCGGUCUCACACCAUUACCCCAACAUGGUCCAAAUUUAUUUACCUUUCAAUUUAUUUUCGCAGAAAGCACAAUUUUACGAUAUUUAUUUUCGCAGAGAGCACAAUUGAUAAUGAUGCAAGUAUUGUAGAUAAGCAUCAAUAUUGUUGAGAAAAUCUCGAAUCAUGUACGUAUGUAUAUAAAGAAACCUUCUCCGAUGGAAUAAGAUAUACAAUUUUCCCAAACUAAGGACUUAUCUAGCUAGACAUAUCUCAACAACGAGCUCCAAAAUAAAACGAAAACAAAUCUCCACGUACAAAAAAGAUAACUCAUAACUCCAUGGAUUAACACUAACCAUCAACACUAAGUUAACGGUCCAUACCUGGUAGAGGCCCUACUCUAAUUUACAAAAUAUGUCAUUUUUCCUUUGUAAAAAAAAAAAUUAAACAUUUUAUAAAAAUAAAUCUAAGUUAAGAAAAAAAAAGACAACAAAAUUUGUGGGUCUUAAGCGGUCGCUUAUUCUGCUUGUGCCAUGGGCGGGCAUGGUUACAUGGAUUAACAUUGACAAGUUCUUAUUCAAUCAUUGAACUUAACAUCUUAAUUAGUUUUUACACUUCAUAAAAACAUUUAAACCAAUAGAUCUAUCAAGAAAAUUUUGAAGCAUCCCUUCAAAAAAGGUCGAAGUCCAAAGACACGUAUAAUCUUAUUUAUAAAUAUUUAAACUACAAUCCAAAAAAUAUUUAUAAUAUUUAAAUUAAAAUCCAAAUUAAAGCUAAGUAACCAAGAAUUGUUAACGGAAACAUUCCUAUAAAGUAAUUAAUUAACUCAAAACCAAUAAAAUGGUAGAGAUUCGAAAGGGUUCUUGGUUUGGUUAUUUUUGGACUUGAGACUGCGGGAAGCUCACGGAACCAACCCUCUUUGUCUGAAAUCUGACGUGGCAGUAUAACGGCUACUUUGAAGACACGCACAAAUAAAAAAGUUAAAAAAAAAAAAUUAUAAAAACUCAGCAGAGAGACGUUGAGAUUUGCAUGUGACCACUCUCUCUUUGCAAAAUUCAAAAACAUAUUAAGACAGAACAAAAAAAAACAACAGAAACAAUUGUAAUAACCAUAGAUCUCGAUGGACCACAACAAUAACUACUAGUUUGAUCUCUCUCCUUCCUCUUAUACAUUUUCUGGGUUUCUAAAAAAGUUUCGAUCUUUGUUAGCAAAAAAUGGAGAGUAGCUGUAUUGGGUCUGAAGGAUCUAAACGAUACGGUGAGAGCAAACGAAUCGUUGCUGACUCAGUGACCGAGUCAACAACCGAUUCGAGCCUUAGCAGCUCUAGCUGCGGUGCUGGAUCGAGCUCCGGGAGAUCUGUAUCUUCGCUGUCUUCUCCUCCGACGAAAUCGCAGCUCCUUGGAUGGCCGUUAGGGCAAAGCUCGUGGAGGAAGAGUUCAGGGAAGAAGAUGACGAAGAAAACUCCGACCAAAGUCGACACCUUUGGGUUCAAGAGAAUCGGAACAGAGACUUCUGUUGAGUUGCUGAAAGAGAGGAUGGCGAAGCUUCUGUUAGGUGAAGACAUGUCAGGAUCUGGUGAAGGAGUUUGUCCUGCUUUAGCCAUCUCAAACGCUAUUACCAAUCUCUACGCUGCGAUUCUGGGGCAACAAUGGAGGCUAGAGCCAUUACCUAGCGAGAAGAAAACAAUGUGGAGAAGAGAAAUCGAAGUGCUUCUUUCCGUUAGUGAUCACAUUGUUGAAUUGGUGCCUUCCUUUCAGAACAUCCCCAAUGGAAGCAAGAUUGAGGUGAUGAACUGCAGACCAAGAUCAGAUCUAUCUACUUGUCUUCCCGCUCUUCGGAAGCUAGACAAUAUGCUUAUUGAGAUAUUAGAUAGCUUUGAAGGAACAGAGUUCUGGUACGUUGAUCAAGGAGUUGUAGCUUCUGAAUCCGCAAGGUCCAACUCUUUCCGUGAAGAUGGAGACAAAUGGUGGCUCCCUCUGCCACGUGUGCCAUCUGAUGGACUCUCCGAGCAAACCAGGAAGAAGCUAGACCACACUCGAGAUUUCACUAACCAAAUCUUGAAAGCAUGUAUGUCAAUCAACAGCAUUGCUUUAGCUGACAUGGAAGUUCCACAAGCAUACCUUGAAGCUCUCCCAAAGAACGGGAGAUCAUGUCUUGGUGAUUUUCUUUAUAGAAACAUCACAUCAGAUAACUUCUCAGCGGAUUACUUGCUUGAGUCAAUAGAUCUUUCAUCUGAGCAUGCGGUUGUGGAGAUGGCGAAUCGAGUAGAAGCAUCAAUGUAUAUCUGGAGGAGAAGAGGUCAUUCAAGGCAUUUGAUUUCACUGUAUCGAUCCACGGGUGCAAAACCCACUUGGGGGAUGAUAGUGAGGGAGAUGAUGAUGAAUCAAAACGAUGGUGACAAGAGGCAGAUAUUUGCAGGAAGAGCUGAAAGCUUAUUGAUCAGCCUCAAGCAACGUUUCCCUGGACUUAGACAAACAGCUUUGGACACAAGCAAGAUCCAGUUCAACAAGGAUGUAGGAAAGUCUAUACUUGAGAGCUACUCGAGGGUAUUAGAGAGUUUAGCGUAUAGCAUUGGUGUACGCAUAGAGGAAGUGUUGUAUAUGGAUGACAUCAGCAAAGAAGAUCAUGAUGAUUCUUGUUCAGACAAGUUGAGGUUGUUGUCUAAAGAAGAUGCAUCAAGUAGGUCGGCAGGUUCAUUAAGGAAGAGACUUUCGGCUCCAUCUUUGUUCUCUGUGUCAUUCUCAGGCACAUCAACUCCUUACAGAACUCCAUCAUUCUCUGCAUCGACUCCAACUUAUUCACCAAUGCCAUUGAUAAGCCCCAUUAGUGGAGGAGGAGAAAGAGCUCCGUUUCUCUCUAGGAGGAACAUUAGAGAACGUUGUGGGUUUGGUCCAAAGAAAGCGUUGGCUAAUUAUCUCCGGGGUUGAAUCUGAAGAAUCAGAGUUUUUAUUUUAUUUUAUUAUGUUAUAUUGUUGAGUUUAACAUAUUUUAUUAUUUGUUUCUAUAUAAAAAGCAAUUCGCUUGUAUGUACUGUAUGACGAUAUAUUUGAUCUACAUGCACUUUAUGUUGUUGUCA